AUGGCAUCAUAAGAAUUUGCUGAGCUUGUAAAAAGAGAAGUGCUUGAACUUUACUUGCAGAGAUGCGCAGCUAGUGAAAUCACUCCUCACCGUGCAUUUGAAAAGUACCUGGAGGAGACUUCAGAGGAAAAUGAUGCUUUGGAGAUCGUUAUCUAGGGAAAUGAUAAGCUUAACUUCGGCAGCAGAGUCAAUGAUCAGGCGUUAAUUGCUAUCUGCUCAACUCUUGAAAACUAUGCUAUUUACAUUGAAGAUAUUGAUCUUAGAUACAACGAGAUAACAGAUAUUGGAGCCAAAGCAUUGGGAGAUCUUAUUUGUAAAUCACCUAGACUUUUGGGUUUAAAUCUUCAAGGCAACAAGAUAAAAUCCGAGGGAGCACAGUACUUAGCUGAGUCCCUUAAGGAGUGCACCAGUCUAUAGUAUUUGAACUUGAACUUGAAUAAAAUCAAGACUAAUGGAGCAAUGAUGGUAACUGAGUUGCUAUUCACUCACGACAAACUGCUAUCUUUGAAUCUAGGAAACAAUAAGAUUGAUCAUGAUGGUAUCAUUGGUAUUUUGAGUGUGCUCAACUCUUCAAACUACACUCUUGAAGAGCUUAACAUUGAAAACCCAGUCUACAAAACCAUUUGCCAGUCAGUAGCUAUUCACUUUGGCAAGAUGUUCCAAAAUAACGUAGGACUCUAAAAGCUAUCAGUUAGAAAGCACAAACUUAGAGAUGAUGGAGUCUAUAUAAUUAUGGAGCAUUUACUUGAGAACAAUACUUUGAAGGUUCUUGACUUGAAUGCAAACGAAAUUGCUUUCAAGGGGUGCGAGGCAAUCGCCAAAUAUCUGAAAAGUAGUAACUGUUCACUCGAGUCACUUCACUUAUCUAACAAUAAAUGCUCUGAUUACGGAGCUAAAGCCAUCGCUCAGGCUCUUUCUUAGAAUAAAUCUCUUAUUCAUCUUGACAUGACUUACAACGACAUAAAAGACUAUGGUUUGACAUUUUUCUCUCAAUCAUUGUUCCAUAACUCAACUCUAAUGUCCUUUAAAAUCUUUGGAAAUCACUUUGGCCAAGAAUGCCUUGACCUCUUCUAUAAAUUGUUCCAAACCCCAAGAGAGAACCCAUGGUUCCCAGACUUCGUUGUGUACUAUGUAGACGAUCACUACGAAAUGGCCUACUUAGAGACUAACAUCGAAAGUGAGAGUGAUCUUGGUAUAGACAUCUAUGUAUGCAAAUGA